AUGGCAAGCGACUCGAUCCCGAAUAUCGACUUCUCCGCAAGUACUAGCCCCGACGGGGCCGUCAGAGAUGCGCUAGUGCAGCAGCUACGCGCGGCCUGCGAGAGCCACGGCUUCUUCGAGCUCACCGGGCACGGGGUGCCGCAGUCGCUGCUCGGCGAGGUGCCGGAGCAGAGCGAGAAGCUGUUCGCCCUGCCGCUGGAGGUUAAGGAGAAGCAUAACGAAGCUGACGAGCCCGGCGCGCGCCCGGGACCAGACCUCAGCCUGUGCGGGCGCAGGUACGAGCGGCUGCGGUCGCAGAACUUUGAGAAGCGGACCGCCGGCGACCUCAAGGAGGGGUUCGACCUGGGGGGGGACCUGGCGUCAGACCACCUGAGCCGCUUCCGCCGCGUCGUCGACGAGUACUUCGCCGCCAUGCUCGACCUCUCCAAGCGCGUCCUCGCCCGCGCCCAGAUGGACGCCGCUACCGUCGUGGCGUAG